GCCGAGUACACCAAGCUCGAUCUUCUCCUCGGUACAAGCUUUCCAGCGAGGAGACUCCGAUCACGCAGUCUCACAUCCAUGUUCCUGUCGCCCCACUGAUACGAUUUUUCUCUUUGCUCUCAAUUCUCCGUUAAAAUAUAAGGCAUUCAAGCGGCAGCGACGCGUAAGCAUCGAGAUCGGGCCGAGUCAUGGAGGAAACAGAGGCAGUUGCAAAUCAGUCCUCUCCAGCUGGCAUUGAGGGUCAUCCCACAGAAGUUACUUCUCCACAAGCAAGUGAGCCACAGUCAAACUGUACACAGGGAAAAAUCCUCAGCUCAGGUUCUCAAGCAAUGGCAGAAAUAAGUAAAAAUGGUUGCAAUUCAGUUUCGAACCGCAGCAAAAUGUCUGCUUCCCAGAGACUACAAUUUGUUGAAAAAAUAGGAUUCAAAUUGUCCCAGAAAUUGAAAAGUGCUGAAAGCUCCUGCAAUGUUGAAACAUCACAGACGCCCAGAGAUGGUGUAGAUAGCUCACAUGAUGGAGUUGCUAAAGAUGAUUCUGUGAUCCCAGUUCCUCCCAUGGAUGAAGAAAAUGACCAAGUGGAUGAAGAAAAUGACCAAGAGGAGAAGGAUGAAGAUGAACUAGAGCAUUCUUCUAGUUCUUCAAAGGAUUUCAGUGACUCUGAGCCAACCAAAGUGAAGCAGGAAUAUCCAGAAGAUAUGAUGGAUGAGCCAGAAGAGAAGAAAAUAAAGCUGGAGCCUUUGGAUGAUCAAGAUUAUACUCUGUUGAAAGAAGAACAACCUGCCAAGCGAUUGACUGAGUGCUCAGUAUCUGUUUGUAUCAGUCCUGCUUGGGCAUAUCUGUCUUGUGAAAAGAGUGUGUAUGAACGGGUGAAACAGGAUGAGAAGUUGGAAGUCUUUCACGAUAAUCAGGGUAUACCACUAUGUCGAAGCCAUCACAAACGCAUUCGAGAAGCCAUCAUACCAGCUGUCAAGUGCUCCAUUUGUGAAGGGAAGGUGUCAGGCAAAGGAGAUGGGAAACCACUCAAAUACAGCUUGGAACAAUACAACAACAUGUUCAAAGAGGAAGGAUUGGAAAUCUGCCUUGAGUCAAAGGACUCCCUCUGUCAUCGUUGCAAGUUUGUCUAUACCCGAAAUGUUACGAAGAGGUUGAAGCACCUAAGGAAGCAGCAGGACCAAGGAAAGAUUGAAGGAGAUGACUCAGAGGAAUACAAACCUGUAAGAGGUCGAGGCUCUGGCUCAAGAUCUCGUUCCUUGACUUGGGAAUCUGUUAUCAAGACCAGGCGACAGGUUUCAAGUGGACCCAACAGUGGUGAUAAGAAUAGGAACCCAACAAAGACAAGCAAGGCCCAUCCUGGUGAGCCCUGUGCAGCUGAAUGCUCACUUUGCUCCAUGCAGUUUGGGGAGUAUGAUCAGCCAGAGCAUCCUGCCAUCUUUAAACAAGAAUCAUUGAAAGAUUUUUUUGAGGAUUAUACUGGUCUUCCCAUGCACUCGUGCAUUUGUAUCCGAUGCAAGUCUGAACUUCAGAUGGUUCAUCAGACCCUGGAGCAUUCAGGUGACUUCCCUGAACAGCCAAGCUCUGAGCAGAGUGGGGUUAAUCGGUUGUGCAAUGUCGUCAAAUGUUCAGCUUCAGCUUUGCAUUGGGUUCCAUUCAAUGCCCGACAACGGCAUGAACUUCAGAAUUCUCUUCCUGACAUUGCCUUGGAAUUACAUGAUGUACAUGGCCAUCCUCGCUCACGCAUUGACUUAUGCAAGGAACAUUACUCCCUUUUGAAGGGGUCACUGAUUGAUCAGGACAAGUGCUUCAUCUGUGAAACAGGGCUUCAGAACAACAACCUGUUUGCACCCUUCAGGAGGAAUGUCCACACUGCUGGCAAAAGCUGUAUUUUGAUCAAUAAUGCCCUUCGUGCAGAAGGGAAACCCAUUCGGGUGAAAAAGGACUCAAAACUCUGCAGGCACUGCUAUGACUACUGGUUGAAGAAGUUCCGAACUGGCUCCAAGAAGCAACAAGAAUCUAAAGCAACCUUCAACGAUCAAGUUGAAGAUCCUGUCGAUGAUGAGCAGAACCCAUCUUUGGGAGAAGAAAAUGACAUGCUGGAAACUUCUGGUGUCAGACAACAGUUUGGACCAAAGGGAGGAAGCAGGGGAAAGCUUAAGAAGAGAGGAAUCCAUAGAGGUCGGAGACUGGAGGCUGCCUUGCGUAAUCCCAAUUCCCCAUCAAGAGGAUACAUUUCUAUUGGACUUGAGAAGAGCCUUAAGCUUCGAUUUUUAUCCCUCUUGAAUGAUGAAUUCCCUACAACAGGAGUCUUGCUUCAACACAUGCUGAGGCUGGAGGAUCAGAAGCGACUCAAGCUUGGGCUUUCUGUUUAUCAGGACCAGAAACCCAAGCUAGAAGCUCCUGAAUCCCAGUGUGCUAUGCAGUGUUUGAAUCCAGUUGGUACUGUGUUUAUCUCCAGGAAGCAAAACAUCCGACACCCAAAGAGGAAGAAUGGAACGAAGCAGAAGCGCAAAUGCGCAUCUCCAGACAUGAUCACCACUUUGACUGUCAAGGCUCUGCCAAAGGGAGUUUGGGAAAAGUUCUACACCUAUUCCUUGAGAUAUGGCACAAAGAAGAAGUUCUUAGAAGAACUUCUGUUGAUGGAGGAGAAGAGACGAGAAGUUGAUGUAAAGAAACCAGAAAACCCACCUCUAAUCAAGAAAGAGGUCAAACAGCUUGCUGGAGCAGAAUCAAAGCCUAGUCAAUCCAAGAAACCAGGAUUCUCAUUCCUUGAGGGAGGAAUCAGUGAUUCAAACACAUUCUAUUCAAUCAUACAUCGGCCCCAAGUUGUGCAGCUUCGUAGUGUUUGCACUCAGACAAUGUUGAGCAUAGAUACAUCAGCCAGUCUUAUCUUUGGUAAUACACCUGCUCUCGACAAGAAUCAGCAGAAAAUAAUGCCCAAGCCAUGUAGUACUGUUGAUGACAAGAUUAUGAAGCCUUCUGAGCCUCAGAAGAAAUUCUUCAAAAGGAAACUAGGAGAGAGGAUUUCAAUGGAGAAAGUCAGCGAUGUGAGCAACCCAGGGGAAAAGAAGAAAAAAGUUUCAGGUCAUGUCAAUGGUGGGGGAUUGGUUCUACCACCAAUGUUGAAGAGCAACCCUCCAGUCUCCCUGCUGAAAUCAAAUCAUGGCUCGGGAAUCACAUUGACUGGGAUCAGUGGGAUUCCUGGCCUCAAAGUCAUCCCCAGUCUAUCUAUAAUUCCUUUGCCAAUGACCUCUGCUCAAGUUACCCCUGUCAAUUUACCUCCCACAUGCAUUGCCAUGCCUCCAACUUCACUGGCCAUUUCUUCAACUGCCAUCACCCUUCCUUCAUCUGUAUCAUAUAACCAGGUCAUCCCAAAAGAUCCCAUAGUUAUGCAUGCCAAAGAUUCCAUCCAGAUCAUACCAAAAGAUCCCAUCCAGAUCAUACCAAAAGAUCCCAUUCAGGUUCCUCUUAACAAUUAUCCUGCAGAAAUUGUUGCAAAGAAAGUGGAAGAAGUUUCAGCAGUUGCCCCAAGUCAUUGGAGCUCUGACUCUGGGAAUGGGCAUUCACCUCUGUUUGAGCAUUUAAAAUUGAUGCCUGUGGACAAGUAA